AUGAAUAUCUUUAUUCUCCCUAGACCAUUGUCUCAUUACAACAGCUUGUCUGAUAACCAUUUAUCAGGGUUUUUCAAUAACCCCAGGAUGCGAAAACAUCUUCGAAAGUCUGGUCUGGUGAGGAUUCCAUACAUUUUUGGUGUAAUUUUAGACAAUACAAGUAUUCCCCUUGUUUCAGGUGUAGUGGGUGUUAUUUGAUAGUUGUUACUACAAUCUUUUUUACAAUGAGCAAAAUUAAGAAUUUCUGUCUGAAUGACUUAUCAUGCAACUUAAUUUUUAAAUGUUUCAAAUGUUUCAAAUGUUUAUAAAUUAAUUAAGAGCAAUUUAAAUGUUUAUAUUAUAUUAGUUAAAAAAUUAACUGAUGCAUGUAAUGAAAUGUUAUGGUUAAAUAUUCAUUCAUUUCUGAAUCAAUGAAAUGAAAAAUUAUAGACUUAUAAGCAGUGAUGUUGUCAUAAAAGUAAUACCAGUAAUUAAUUUAAUUUUAAAGGCACAGCCAUGUAAAAUAAAAUUACUUAUUCUUUAAAGCUCCAAAUAGCUAUAUGUUAAUCCUGCAAAUAACAUUUUUCCUUUGAUCCUGUUCGCAAGAAUAUUUCUAAAUUAGUAAUUUUAUCGUUAUACAAGGAAUUAAAUCGUUUCCUUUUUUUGUUCCCACAGAUAAAUAAAGAUGGUUACAUUGUAUCAGAGAAGAUGUACAGACUAAACAUGUGCAGAAAAGAGCAAAAGAAACAUGUGAAAGAUAUGAUUGCUCAGGCCAUUGUUCAUAAGACCCUUGAUCUGGAGAGGACAAGGCAGGCUGAGAUUAGAAAAAAAUUAGAAGAAAUUGCCAAGAUUGAGCUGGUCAGAAACAUAAAAGUAUGUUAUAAUUUAAUUGUUUUUCAUUUUUUGUAUUGCCAAAGGAAAGGGACAUAUUUUAAGAUUUAAAGUAUGAAUUUUAAAUAUUAUUAUGUAUCUAAUGAAUCCAAUCACAUUUCAAAUAAUUUAUUCAACACGUUAAAUAAGAUUUGGGGGAAAAUGAUGUGAAAGCCUUUUUUUUAAAUAGUUCACCUGAGUAUUAACAUUAUAGUGCUCCCUUUUCAUGUUUAUUCACUACUGCCAACAACAGUCAAAAUUAUUUUGAAAAAAUAUUUAUUUUUAGAUUGAAAAGCAGAUUUAUAGCUUUUUUAAACAACAGAGUGUGCACAAAAGAAUUUGGUGGAUUAAUCUUUAACAGUAGAUGUGUUACAGAUUAUAUAUACUUGACAUGCUUUUAUAAGUAGGCUGUGAUCCUGACUUUACAUUUUAACUAUCACACCAUCUAGUUUAAUUAAUAGUUAUUUAAUUUGUCUUCAAAGAAAUGUUUACUUUUGAAAAAAGUCAUCAUCAUUUUACAAAAAUCAGAUUAAUGCUUAUAUUGUGUACAGCCCAAAAUAUAUAUUUUAGUCAUCAGGAAACAUUUCUGUUUCAAAAAUAAAAACUUUGGUUUGGAUUGAAUUUGAAUUGUAUUAUAUAUGAUUUCCUUCAUGUUAUAUAUUUUUUAUUUAUAAAAAUUGUUUGGUGUUUGGAGUGGCUCUUGCAAAUAGUGACGAAGAACAUUAAAAACUAUUGUUUUUUCUGUAUGUAGUUAUGAAAUAUAUGUUCUCUAUAUGAACAUUUUACAUUACAAGCUUACUUCCACAACAUUAAAGCUGUAGUAUCUUACCACCACCACGAGAUUGUGAUUAAAAGGAAAUGUAAACAAUUAAAACUGCCUGUUGGAGUCUGAUAAAACAGAAACUCCACAAUUAUUAGUGAGAAACAUUGCAAUAAACUCCUGUCAUUAAAUUUGCUUUAAAAUUAUAGUUUUUUGGGGAUCAAAUCCAAGCCUUACUUAAACAACCUAGAAUUGAAUGUUCUGACACUCAUGCUGUCAUGUCCCCAUGUUUCAUUGAUUAUAAUUUAACGUAACUGUUUGCCAACUCAAUAAAAUCCAAAUUUACUGGCAAAUAUUCUAAAUCUGUAUAUUUUUACUGACAAUGAACAUUAUUUAAGGACACUCUUUUAAAAUAACCUUACAAAACUAAAAAAAAAAACACAUAUCUGUUCUACUAUGUAAUGCCUCUGUAUGAUUCUAUGUCAUUUUGCCAGCUACUUUGGAGAUGGUGUAGGUGGGUCGUCGAGUUUGCACUCAUAAUACCCCCCCCCCCACCGGCACUCCCCCAAACGGGCCAGAGCCGAAGCUCCAGACCGUGCGUAAGCGCGCCAGGAACUUCCCUACUGGCCUGUGGGACGUCCGGCGGACCAAGGGCGCUGCAUUUAAAGCGUCCAUAGUCCACUCUCCUAUGGGUCAGCACGGCUUUACUUCCUCUCCAGAGAGGUGGUGUUGCGGUACGACUCCCCACCGCCCAGGGAGCUGUCCGGUCGGGACGAAACGGGAAGAAACGGUCGCCUAGGGGCGGCUUUCUCAGGGCCGCGUCUUUUUAAUCAUUGACAAGGGUUUGGGCGGCCACCCAUUGCCUCAUACCCAUCAACGGCAACAGUAAUCAUAUUAUGUCAUUUUACCAUCAGGCUUGAGCCUAUUUUAUAAUGUUAUUCUAAGGCAUGCUCAUCACUGGAUCUCUCCAGAUUUAUGCUAAUAAAAGUUUAAAGCAAACAAGAAUAAAUCACAAGCCUAGAGAUAUACCCUUCUGUUUUUGCUAACUUUUACAGACAGUCAUUUUAUGUCAAAAUUUUAUGAACUGUCCGUAAAUUUACUGUCGGUUGGCAAUGCUAUGUUUGACUGAAUUUUUUUAUAAAACAAUUGUAUUCAAAUAAUUAUUAGACAUAAACUAGUUGUCUCAAUUACUGAAGCACUGAUUUGCCAAUUUAAAAAAACAACAACUUUGUUCUUUAAUUGUUUUCAGAUGUCCCGUCAAAGAAAAAGAGAUGUUGAAGUUCUUCCUUUUAUAAAUUCAAGGUCAGGAUCAAGGCAAAGGACACACUCUAAUCCAGCUAAUGGCCAGUCGAAGAGGCGCUCAGUAAGUGCGCCAUCCAAGAAAGCAAAGAGACCAGUUUCUGAACUUUCAUCAAAUUAUGACGAUGAUGAUGAGGAUCUCGUAAGUUGGAUUCAAUUUAAUUUUACCAUAGCCACUAUGAAAGUUAAAUAGCGAUGAACUCACUCAGGUUACUUGUUCUUCUUUUUCUAUAUAUUAAGGGCCAACGAUCAAUUUAUGGAUCAUUUUGGCUCCUAUGCAUGUAGAGGGGAAUUUGCAGUGUUUCUGUGCCUGAUUUUGAUGAGGAUAUUUCACUGUUUGCAAGGGUUACUUUGUGAGGGUAUCAUGCACUUUGGGUUGUAAGGCUUGAGGUAAAAGAUGCAAAUGUGUCAAGUGUUGUCGCCUCAACUUUUGAAAGCUUGUUCCAGUCAGUGAUUGUCUUUGGCAGGAAUUAGUAGUUGCUAUACUGGCUUCUCGCUGGUAUGAGCCGGAACUGCCUGUCAUGGCCUCGUCACUGUCUAUGGAGAAGAGGGACAAGUUUCUAAUUAAUGCCGGAACAUUGGACCAGCCCAUUAUUUAUUUUGUACAUUAUGGAGAGCCUGGAUAGUCGUAAUCGUGCCUCCAAUAGUGACCAGCCCAGUGUUUCCAGCAUGGUGCCAACACUAGAGGUAUUCCUGUAGCAGUUACGGACAAAGCGUGCUGCCCAUCGCUGGACCACCUCCAACCUGUCAAUGCUUUUUAAGAAAACAUAUUUCAAGGUAUCAAGGUGUCAACGUUUCAGAAUAACAAAUGGGCUUACUGGAAAGCAAUGAGUAAACUAUACAAAAUAAUGUGGAACUAAAUUACAAAAUUACCAAGUCCAAUACAGCUAAUGUUGUUCUUGAGACAUUUGGUCAUGUCGAAAAUCAUGUACACAAAUGUGGCAGUUGGGUCUAUUAAAUGUAGUAAAUUUGCCUUUUAUGAGCACACAGGAUUCCUGCCAUUUGUGAAAUAUACCUUUGGGCUUAGGUCUUCACUACUACAUGCCAUCUGAUUAAAGAAAAAAGGCCCCUAUCUUUGUGUAUUAUUUGCAUCCUGAUCCAUGCAUUCAUGUAUGUAAGCUACAAAGUUUGUUGCUAAUUUUAAAUACAUUUCUUAAGACAUGGCUGGCCUACUCAAAUGGUUUCCUAGGGCACUUUGGUACCGAGCAAACCUUUCACAUUUAUGCCUCAUGUCAUUACACCUAAUAUUAAAUAAUAACAAUAAACACUAGCCAAAUGCUGUAUAAAAAUAAUUAAUUAUUAUUCUAUUUUUCAUGCACAAAAUGAAAUGCAAAAAAAAAAUUUAUUCAAAAAAAAAUUAGUGACUAUUGUUUAUCUUUUCUCUCACCCAACUUUUAAAAAUCUGUUUCUUUGGAAAAUUGAAUAAAGAGUGAAUAGGUUUAUUUGUGAUGAAUCCGGCAUCUGCGGGUUGGUAAGCCUUGAGAUAAAAUAAAUGUUAUGAGGUCAUUUGAAUCUAUCUAUAGUUGUGUUUCAGCUUUUUAUUUAGGUUAUGAUAAGAGUUGGGGGAGGGCAUAAACCAAGUUUAUUUAUUCUUUCUUUCAUUGAAUUGCACUCAAUUGAAAGAAAAAAAAAUCAACUCUAAAGAAAAUUUUCUUAGGCCUAUAAUUAUUUCUACUGAUAAGAUAUCAGGCUUACUUACUGUAUAGUCACAAAACAUACCUACCAGGUCCUGGUUUAAGAAUGUGUUAUGAUCAUCAUCAUUGUAAUAGUUGAAAAAAAAAAAAGAAGGAUUUUUAUUGAUCAGCCAAUAAGCUUUUGAACCAAUUCACUGUUAUAUUGUUGGUUUGAAAUAUUUAAUUAAAUGUAAGCCUGCUUGGCUAGGCUUUGAGGAAGUUGGUGGGGAACAAAAGCAAUGACAGGGUGAAGCAAAUUACAGGGCUUGCAAAAAGAAUGGCUGGGGGGCAAAACAAAUAAUAGUGGUGAAAUAGUAAACAAAAAGUAUUUAUUCUAUAUAUAUUCACAAAUGUACUGAAAAACAGCUAUGAAUGAUAUAAAUAUAUAUAAGCAUAUUAUAUAUAUAUAUAGGGUGGCCCAAGAAAAGGAAAAACAUGUCUUACAAUGUAAUAUAAUCACAUCAAAAUUUGUUUGACUGUAUCCAUAAUAGCUUUAAUAGUUUACUGAUUUACAGACACACCUAUUUAACUACAUGAAAUCAUUAUUAGGACAAUUUUUAAUCAGAAGAUGGUGUUCUGUUGUGAUUUUUGUCAUUCUGGUUUGAAAUAUUUUCAAAAUGGGCAUUGUUGACAGAAGCAUAAAAAAGUGAUGCCAACACUUACAAAAAGUUCUUGAGAUAAAAAAAAAAUCAUAUUAAUUCAGUUAAAUUAAUUAACCUGUUUGCUACCAGAUGUUCUCACUUUUUUGGGGCCACCUGCAUAUCAGGUGGUAGCAUGAUGACAGAUAACAUUUUGAAUCAAGGAAAACAGAACUUGCAAACAAUUAAAAAUUCAAGUCAGUACGCUCUAUAUGAACUGAUAGAAUGCCGGAACAGAGGAGAAAAUGAGGGAAAAGAAAUGUCAAUACGCAUGAGUUUGUGCAAAAGCCAAUCAAUAGCUUGACAAGGUUUAAGUGUGAGUAAAGAAAUGCAAGGAGAAGGGAUGAUAGUGGUGGGCUUGUUGCUUAGAUAGCGGUAGCCAAUCAAUAUGUCUGAUGGAGAUGACAGGGGGAGAUGACUAAAUGGAAAUUAAUGGGAUGGGAUUAAGAAACUGGUAUAGAGGAUACAAAAUAAUUCACCAUCACACGCAUAUUUACAAUGUGUAUCUCUUUUACAGAUAAUAAGGAAAUGGAUGAAUAUGAAUGGAUGAGGAAAGGUUUCAGUAUGGGAUCUAAUGAAUACCCAACAGAAUGUUUAACCAAAAAAAACAACAUGUUUUUUUUAUUAGUUUAAAGUGGCUAUAAUAAGACUUGAGCAAUCAAUAAGUGAUUGUAUGACAGAACAUAGUCUUUCCAUCAGAGGUGUGGGCUGUGUAAGCUAGAUCAAAAUAGAAAGGUCAUGAUCUUCUAUUGGUUCUGGCUAUGCAUAGCUUCAACCAAUAAUAAAUGGCUUGCACUCUAAUGAUCCUUCCUUCAUUUUUUAAAUUUAUUGUUAAAUUUGGUAUUUUUACUCUUCUUACUGUUUUUUAAUUUUUUUUUAGCAUUGCCACACUUCCUUUUUUUUUUUUUUUUUUUUUUUUUUUUUUUUUUUUUUUAAAAUAUUAAUUUUUUUUUUAAUGUUUAAAACUUUUUUUUUUUUUUUUUUUUUUUUGUUUUUGUUUUGUUUUUUUUUUAUUUUUUUUUUUUUUUUUUUUAUUUUCUUGUUUAAAAGAUAAAUUUUUUAGUCAAGGGUCAAAACUUGAUUAUUUUUUUAAAUUAUUAAAAUCAAAAGAGCUCAAAUAAGGUACCUUUAAAUUUUGUUUUAAAAAGUUAAAUGAUUUAAAUAAGAACCGCUUGAUAUAAGGUAUCUUUAAAAAAAAUUCAUUAAAAAAGAUGGCCUUUCAUCUGCAAAGGGAAGACACCCUUAUUUAUUUUUGGCUAUUAUUUCACUUUAAAAAUUAUAAAAUGGAUGGAAUAUAAUUCAUCAACUGAACUCUGAGUCAUGAUGUAGUGGUCAUGGAAAAUAACACUAUUCUUUGACUGUCACUCUCAGAGCUCAUCUGAGACAAAUAUUAAAAUUUUAAGUUGUAAAGAGAAAGAAAAGACAUAGUUUGGCAGAACUUGUAAGCGAUAUUGGAAUGGCUGGGAAUGAAAGCGAAAAGAGAAAAUAUCCCAUGAGGCUACAUGUUGUGUGCUGGGGAAGAAAAGAAAUCAAUAUGAGUAUUUAUGGUGUGUAUGUCCCAUUGAGGCUAGUGGCUUUUUGAUACUCUGUAUUUGCCAGGGACACACUGUUUGGGAAAGGGGAGCUGAGCCAAACUUAGUGAAGUCCAUGAAGCUGCCAUCAAUCAGGCUUUGUGUUCCUUCCAAAGGGGUUUUUUUUUAUCCUGAGUUUUGUACUUUUACACAUGGACUUUUGGGGAAGGAAAAAAUAUAUAAAAAAAAGAAAAAUAACCUUGGGGAGGGGAAGAAAAGGAAGACAAAAUAGUGAUACUAUACAGAAUCAAGUAUAAAUAAAUCUAAUUUAGUUUUUAUGUCUUAAUUUAUCUUGACCUAAAUUCAUAAUUGAAAAAUAAAUUUUAAUUUUAGUACUCUAAACAACUGCAUGGAAAGAGAACAGCCCUCCUUAAAAUUGCUAUAAAUAUUUUAUGAAUCUGUUAAUAACGUCAUAAAGAAUAGCUGGAGUUGUCACAUAGAAUAGCUGGAGGGGCUUCAAACAAAAUAGAAAAAAACAACAAAGGUUUAUUGAUUUUUCAGAAAUUUUGUAAGGGGAGACUAUUUAAAAGCAGAGUGAUUAAACUUGUGACUGGUCCAUGGGAGGAUAAUUUUGACACUUAAAAUAUAAGCAAACAGAUCUUAAACAAAAAAACACAACAAAUAGGAUUCUUUUUUUAAAAUCUCACUUCACUUUUAUUUUCUUUCAGUCUCCUUAAAAUUUGAAAAGGGUUAACUUUUUUUAAAUUAAACUUAAACAUGUUUAUUUUUAAACUAAAAACUUGCUUAAGGUACAUAUUUGGAAAGCUAACCUUAAUACAUAACUAGGGCUUUGAAUUGAAUAUAAAGAUUAACAGUUUCAUAACUCUGUCAGACCUGUUUACCCUCAAACUCUUAAAAUCAUACAAUAUCAUCACAAAAUCGUUCAAUACAUUAUCUUAAUAGUAAAAAAAUAAACAUACAUUAUAUAUAAUGUAUAAACCUCAAAAUCGUACAUUGUAUGCCAAAAUCGUAAGAGUAAACAGGUCUGCUCUUUGUCCUUUGUAGAGACUUUUAUAUUCAUGAUAUUGAAUUUCAUCAUUUUUGUAGUUUUAAUGGACCUGUUUUCCGGAGAAGACUUUCUGCAGCUACAUUGGGUGUCACUUUUCCAGAUAAUCCCAGAAUUCCGGAUUUGCAAGGCUAAAUAUUUUCAUCUCCCGAUUUGCGAGUUUUUAUUUUCUCUUGCUCCGGAUUUGCCGGUUCAGUUUAUUCAAAUAUGAAUUCAGGUUUUAAAAAAAAAAAAACAACGUGUAAGAACUUAUGAAAGCCUAUUCAGUGAGAGCAGGUUUUGCUUUAAAUAGAACAGGUACUGCGACCUCUCGAUUUUGUUUGCAAGCCUCUCGCUUUCGUUUGUAAUCACUGCACAAAAAAUUAUUUCUACAGUGUAUGAAUUUGAUGAGUUUCGUUAAGUUUCAGAGUUUGAAAAAUUUGUAAGUGAAGUUUCAGGUUUCAAGGGAUUUUUAAAAAGGGAUUUCAGGGUCACAGCUUUCAGGGAGUGGCACCCCUGCUUGUUCUUUUCUAAACCUCCCCUGUACUGUGUGUUAUAAAUUUCCCUUUUACACAGAUCAAACUUGCUCUCCCUAUUAUUAUUCUUGCUUGUUGUUAAUAGGCUUUAUUUAUUUCCUGAGGUUGUGUACCUUGACGAUGAAGGGAGACCAAUCCCAAAAAGUCAUUUCAAUGAGCCAGAGGGGCGACUGAGUAAGAAAGAUGUCAUUGACACCAGAAACUUGUACUCAGUGAGUCUCAUCAAUUACAAUGUAUACAAUUAUAGAUGAUUUAAUAUUUAAUAACUAUUUUGAUAAACAUUGUUUUAACCAUGCGCACACAAAAAAUACCAAUGAAAACAAUAGGAAGACUUUACCUAAUAUGUAGGGUGGUGGGAAAAGGUGAACAGCUGUCAAUAAAUUCCAAGACAAUUGUUACAAUGAUGUUAUAUUAUGUUUGAAAUAUAUUCCAUAACAAAAACUCAACAGAUAGUCAUUAAACUGACUCUUUAUUUUAAGGCACUGACUUGUUCUGUACUUGAAUGUUGUAUUCCAUUUAGCAUGUAAGAUUUUCAGAGACAAUGGUAAAGUAAAGAUUUCAAACAAGAUUAUGGUUUACGUAAUACAAGGUUAUAAACAAUAAGUGAUUUAAAUACUUUUAUUUGUCUUGACCUUAAAAUUGCAACCGACUACCUUUCAGUUGAACCCAACCGCCUUGAGGAAAUAUGCCUUGCUGAUGGCCAAAAUGGAGCAGAGCAAAAAUGGGCCGGACUCUCCAUACCUGGAGCCGCAGGUGCCGCUGCCCCCAAAGUCACCUCGGAGUGGAAGAAUGCCCCGAAGUGCCAGGCGGUACAUGAGUAUCACAGACAAACAGAAGCAAUCCUCCCCUCAGCGUCCAUCAACAGCUGUAAGUGUCUUGUGUAAGAAAUGACGUUCUCCUGACGUCAGUAAGUGCUAAGUUGUACUACUGGGCCCAUCGUCCCCCAACCUGUAACCAGUUUGGCUAACUUAUGUCUUUUAAUGAAAUUGAUCAUAGUUUUAUGAAAGAACAUCCUGCAUAGAGAUAUGAAACUGUAAAUAAUAUUUAUUAUAAAUGGGUCAUUUCUGUAUUCAAUUUUAAGUAAGUCCUUCUCUUGCUAAAAGUUCUAGAUUUGGACUAUUUUUGACACUCAAACUGUUUCUUUGUAUUUGACUGCCAAAAAAAAAAUUAAAUUUCUACCCAUCUAAUAUUGAGUAAUUACAAUGACAUCAAAUAUUUGAGUUUAAUUCUGGAUCAUCUCUCUUUUUCUAAUUCAUGCUGUUGCUUUUUGGGUUUGAAUCAAUAAUGAUGAGAGAUUACAGACUUAAGGGGCAUUACUUUAGAGUGCACUAAUUUGGAGGGUAUUAAUUUAGAGGGCAUUAAUUAAGGGGGCACUAUUUUAGAGGGCAUUAAUUUAUAGGAAAACAACAUAGGCAAUACUUUCCUUACAAUGAGACUUGGAGUUUCAUAUGCAGGCACACAGGCAGACAGGUGGCUCUCCGCAACGCCUUCGCGUCCAGCAGGUGCCCAGGUGCCAGAUUACCAUGUGCUACCUUGGCAGCCAAUUAAACCUGGCCAGGGAGAAGUUUGACAAGCAGCAGGAGGUCAUCAUAGAGCAGCAGCACUGUGGAGGUAACACACUGACUGUCUUCAAGGGCAGGCUGGAGCCUGGAGGUAAGUUUCUAGCAGUUCAUUAGAGUAUGAUGUGUGAUGUGCUUAUUAUAUGUAACAGUUUAUUAGAGUACGAUGUGCGAUACGGUAAUUAUAUGUAACAAUUAGAGUGCAAUGUGGUUAUUAUAUGUAACUGUUUAUUAGAGUAUGAUGUGCAUUGUGGUCAUUGUAUGUAACAAUUUAUUAGACUACAAUGUGUGACAUAUGUGUAAGAGUUUAUGAGAUUGACAUGUGUGAUGUUCUAUCAGUGAUAUUAUAUGUAAGAGUUUAUUAGGGUACUGUGGCAAGGUAUAACAUAUUAAAUAAAACUGACAAUUUAUUGUUGGCUGGUAAAAUGUUUGUUUUGAUUCAUUUUACAACUCAGUUAAAGCUUUUCAAAGUUUUUCUAAGAAAUUAAGAUAAUCUUGACCUUUAAGAGGAAAUAAAACAUGUGACAUCCCUGUGUAAUACAAAGUUGUGGCUUUUGAUAAAGCUUCCAAACUGUUAACCGUUGCUUGUUUGCGUGUUUGACUGGUUUUCAAUUUUCUCUUAGAGAGCUGGACACAAUGCAAGCAUUUCUUUAGCAAAGUAAAGUAAACACACACAUAAAAUCAAUCUUCAUGUCAACUUGAUACGGUUAUUCCAGAGGAGUUUAGCUUCACGUCCUACCGCCACUGCGGCUACCCGUUCGCCCUCACCAUGUACAUCGACGGUCAGACCGACUCCCGCAUCAGCACUUGUUGCGAGUACCGUCACAGGAAAGGGUGCCGGGUUUUCGGCAAGAACGGCCACUUCAGCUUAGUGGAAAUCUCUGAUGACGCAAGUCCCUGUUACAAGUGAGUUCUAACAUGGUGAGGUGGAGCUUUUCCCCCAGGAAACGGGCUCUGCAGUACGUUCAUAUUAUGUUAAUUUUCUUGGAUUUGAUGAAACUUCACAAAGAGUGUGAAGUGGCUAAUGCUGAAUGUCAGUCUCACAAUAAUAUGCUCAGUAAAUCACCUUUCAUGUCAAUGAAAUAAAAUUAAAUAUUGUUUAAAAAUGAGAAAUGAAAGGGAAAAAAAAAAGAAAAGAAAAUGAGGAGGAAAAAAAACAAGAAAAAAGGCAUAGUAAACUUUUUGCCUGGGACAGCAGAAUUUUAUUUUGCAAUGAUUGGCCUACUUGUGUUGGUUUACAACACUCAUUUUUAUUUUCCGUUUUUUAAAUUAACUUUUGGAUGUUUCAUUUGUAAUUGUGAAGAUAACUGCUCUACAUGUGAUCAGAUAGCUGAGAUAACACUAAGCUCAUAAAAAACAGCAGUGAGACAUCACUUUCACAACAUACAACAUUAUUGGGUUGUUAAACUAUUUGAUAGAAAAUUAUUUUCAAAUCUUUGCAGAUAAGAACAUGUUCAUAGUUACUGUUUCACGGGUGGAUAUAAAUGGUAGUUAACUGGUGGUACUUAAGCUUAUGACCAAUUCUGGUCUACUCCUUUGACCCAGUGAGGGAUUUGCGUUUCUGUUUGCACUUAUUGCAGGUGUCAAGUUGAGCAUGGCCUCAAAGAUAAGAACAACCCCAAGGGGAGUAAGCCAAAGAAAAAUCAGCAGCCAGUGGAAGACCAAGAAGAAGUUGUCAUCCCUGAACAGAAAAAGGAGGAAACUCCGAGGGACGAAGAAGAAGAAGACGAUCUGAUAGGUUGUGAAUAUGAAGGCUAAUCAUUUGUUUUAAAGGAUAAAUCAGGGUUCUCCCAACCUUUUGUAUAUUGUGCACCCUGUACAAACUGUUUGACUAAGUCUCCCACCCUGUACAAACUGUUUGACUAAGUCUCCCACCCUGUACAAACUGUUUGACUAAGUCUCCCACCUUGUACAAACUGUUUGACUAAGUCUCCCACCCUGUACAAACUGUUUGACUAAGUCUCCCACCCUGUACAAACUGUUUGACUAAGUCUCCCACCCUGUACAAACUGUUUGACUAAGUCUCCCACCCUGUACAAACUGUUUGACUAAGUCUCACACCCUGUACAAACUGUUUGACUAAGUCUCCCACCCUGUACAAACUGUUUGACUAAGUCUCCCACCCUUUACAAAAGUAACACUAAAAUUUUAAAAAAUCAAAGGGUAUAGAAUGACUCUCUUGGCUGACAAUUUUCCUCUGAAUAUACCCAGAAAAUAUCUGGUCACUUUCCUGCCUUUCGGCUGAUUAGAUAUAAUGUCAAGAUAUAGUGUCUGUUCUUAUCCUGCCGGGUUACUUAACCUGUGGGAGGAACGUGAUAUCUCGCUUGGUUUCCGCCAGGUUUGGGGCAAUAAGUUAAACAAAUGAAAUAGCCUGCAAGAAACCUGCAAGGGCAGAUUCUGAAGGGGGACUACCCCAGUAUUGCAGUACUUAAUAAAAAAAAAUAAUUUAAAAAGUAUAAAAUAAAAUAAUAACUUUUCCUCUGACUCCCUCAGAUGCCGCCCUGGGCAUGCCUCACCCCCAGUUUGAGAAGCCCUGGUUUAGAUGAAUGUCUCAGUGGUUCAGUUCUGAGCUGCUUUGAAAUGUUAUAAUAAACUGUUAAUGAAGAAUCAUAAAAUCAUUGAUGCUCACGUGGGGGGGAUGAACUCGACUCGGGAAUUCAUUUAAGACUAUUACCAUAAUUUGGGCUCUUUUAGGAAAAGAUUACCUCCAUUACCAGGUAUUUGAACUGUACAGCCACUUUUAAUGAAAAAAUUUGAAUCCUGGUAUAUUUAUGUUUGAUUUGAAACAAGGACCACAUCAGCAUUGUCAAGAGGAAACUGCAAUAGUUUUCAUAGUAGUAAAAAGUUUCUUGUGCUUCACCCUGGAUAACAUUCUGAGUGAAAUGUAAUUUUUGUUUCAUUCUUUAGAUGGACCACCAAAGCGCCAUCUUGAAGUGCCAGUUGAAGAUGAUGAUCCCAAAGACAAUGGUAGGACAUUCUGCUAGACCCCGUAGCUUGGGGUUCAUGCAAAUUAAUUAUUUAAAGUAUAUAUAUAUAUAUAUAUAUUUUUUUUUUUUUUUUGAAUGACUGGUUGGUUAAUUAACCCAGUGCCUCAGAAAAGGCCAGACGGGCAAAAACAACAGCAGCUCUCCGAGUGAAUGAGACUGAUAAACUUGGGUGGUCACCCCAUCUAGGAAAAGGAAGGUCUGAUAGCAAACCUCUGCUGCUCUGCUAGACCCCGUAGCUUGGGGUUCAUGCAAAUUAAUUAUUUAAAGUAUAUAUAUAUAUAUAUAUAUUUUUUUUUUUUUUUUGAAUGACUGGUUGGUUAAGUAACCCAGUGCCUCAGAAAAGGCCAGACGGGCAAAAACAACAGCAGCUCUCCGAGUGAAUGAGACUGAUAAACUUGGAUGGUCACCCCAUCUAGGAAAAGGAAGGUCUGAUUGCAAACCUCUGCUGCCUUGCGGAAAUUAACCCAGUGGUUAAAGGCUAAAGGAGGCGAGGCCAACAGAAAAGGCUGGAGAUGGCGUCCAAUAGGUGUUAUGACAUUGACUCAAUGAAAAUGCUGGCAACCUCUGCAACACCCAUUGUGCCCAGCUGCAUUGUCCAAUCCAUGUUCCCUUGGGUUCACCAAAUGCAUUGAGGGGGGAUAUCUGAUGACAAGGAACCAGCUUAUACUCCUAACGAAAUCCCAGGCCUUGUGACUUGCCAGAACCCCACCAUGGACUUAAUGAGAUGGACAGUAACCAAUGAAUUCCUUUUGCCAUAAAUCCUAUUUCAAAAGGUGAUUUAUGAUCCUUGACUGAACCUCUCCAGGACAAAUUUAAUUGCUUGCCAAUUUUUCCAUCACCUUCUAACCAGGGUAAACUAUUAAUAAUUUGUUUCCCCUCCCAGGAAAGUAUGAUGACGACGACUUUGAGUCCAGCAGCAGUGACGGCGGCAGUGAAAGCAGCAGCAGCAGUGACAGCAGCAGAAGCAGCAAGAGAAGCACCAAAAGUCAGAGUUCAAACUCCGAGUCUGACAAAGGUAAGCUCUUUCUCAUUGUUUUAUUAACGGUUCUGCUCACAGUUUUAACAGUCACAAACACUUGAUUGCGGCCCUUCUGUUACUGAGCAUUUUUCAACUUUCUGUAACCACAGCUUUUUAUCACUGAAUUGAUUGGGGCCCAUUGCUGGGAAAUGUCAAUUUUUGGGGUCAUAUUUGCAGACUGCCAUUAUAUUAAUUAGACAUGAACAAUUUGUGUCAAUAAAACAAUACAUUUUCAGCUUUAAUAAUAAUAUUACAUAAUACACAAGUAAACGUUUCGGCACACGCCUUCAUCAGUACAACAACAAAACAUUUAAAUAAGUAUAAAUUAAAUUUACAUAAUAUGUAUAUAUACAUGUAUCCUACCUAAAAGAUAAAAAAAGAAUAGUAGUGGGAGCAAAACCCAGACAAAAACAAAGUAAAUAACAGAAAGGAUGUGAGUGGAAGUAAAAUGUAAAAACCAAAUGGGGAAAAGACAUGGCAGCCAUGUAAAAUUGUGGAUUUGGUUUAUACCCUAUGGCGUCGAUGUACCAAAUCUUGUCAUCAAUUUAUACACUCUUAUAAUUAGACUCCCAUUAUCUUUUUUGGUUUUUAAAGCUGACCAAGCAAUGCCUAAAAACAACAGCAACCUCAGCAAUGAAUUAAGUUUAAGAUGAAUCUAAUCAAGGUCAAAUAAUUCAAACUAAUUUAUGAAAAUUUGGUAAAAAAAAGUCAACCCAUCUCGCCUUCCUUUUUAUUUUACAUAAUGAAAAUGAAUAAUCACCAUGUGGUGCAAGUUGGAGGCAUAGAGACCAAUGAGUGGUUCUGCUGAAACAGCUCAGGUGUGAGAUUGACGGCUCUGAUCUACAAAAGAUUUAGGUUCUACUCCCCCCAUUAUUUUAUUCCUAGAAAAGCCGUUAAAAUUAAAAUUUAUGUAUUAACACUUGAAAAAUAAACAAACCUUAAGGCAACCUUUUUUUUUUCCCUGCCUCAAUGCACUUGCAAGAUGAUUCUGCAAUGGAAAUAAUCCUGAUAAAAUGAAUUUUACACAUUUAAAAAAAAAAAUUUUACGAUUUAAAAAAAAACUUUUUUUAGAUACUUGAUCUCAUCUUUAUUUUUUCUGAUUUUAAUUAAACUGUCCAACAUCUUCUCUCAAACACCUUUAGAUAAGAAACCAAAUUUAAUCACUUGAAACUUAGUCAUAACAUUUAGAAUGUAAAAUAACACAAGGACAUGGUAACAGAACAAUACAGGCACGCAACUGUAACACAAUCUAACAACACACAUUAGCACAUGACAAUGAUAUAAAAAAAAUCUGGGUGACAUGCCUAUAUUAAACAACUGUAACACAAUAUAACAACACACAUUAGCACAUUACAAUGAUAUAAAAAAAUCUGGGUGACAGGCCUAUAUUAAAGCAGAUUGUGCCAAAUUUCUGUUAAAAAUAAGCAUUUUUCUCUGAAAUAAAACAUAUGCUGCCAUGCCUAGUGGUUGGGAAAUAAAUACAGUUUUAAAUUUAGUUUAAAAUUCCAUGGAAAUCAGGUCUUGAGAACUAUUGCUUUAUAGGCUCUAAGAAGGAGAAACAAAGCAAAGAAAAAGGACAAUACAAAGCGGCCAGGUGGACCGAUGAAAUAACUUAGAGCUACUUUUCAAAAGUGAAUGGUUCAGACUGGACCUCCUUGAGAUAUGAUCCAUGCGGACAUAUUGUAUGGUAACUACAUUAGAGUCAGAAUCAAGAGGAGGACAUAUGUUACUUGGUGCCAGGUGUUGACCUUGGGACGCUUAGUCACCACGUACGAGUGAAACUUGCCUGAAUAGUUCCCAGCACACACAGCUUUGGGCUACUUUAAAGUUUCAGUGGGUGUGCACACGUUAUACCAUAGUCCAUGGUUAAAUACAGAGCGCCUGUUAUCUUUUGCUUAUAAGGUGGCCACCCUUGGCAACACAUAUUUACAAAAUAUGAUCUUGUAAAUGUAGAACUGUGUUCUAAACACUGCCACACUCAUCAUUUGUCAAGAACUUUGUUUCAGGAUCAACAUUUCAGCUUAAUUUUAUUUUUUUUCCUUUCAGAAUGAGUGUUUCUUUGGAAGACAUUUUCCGUGACCCCCCUUUUUUUUAUUACUACAUUGUUACAACACUCCAUAACUAUAUACAUCUUUUGUUUAUAGCUGAUUUUGAUACACAUUUAUUGCAUCAGAUAAUGACGCUAUUGCUUUUUUAUUAUUCAAACACAUUUAGUGGGAGGAAAAAUAGCAGUCUUAGCAGUCUAUCAUAUUUUAACAAACAAUGAAAUUAAUUUUUUUAUUCUUAAUAUUUUAUUAAUCCUAAACAUUAACUUCAUAAUUUUGAUUGUAAGUUGCCAUGUUUGAGAAUUUUGAAAAGAACGAAUGUGUGCGUAGGAUUUGCUGACUGACCUACAGAAGCAAAAACAUGGUUUUAAUUAGCUGUUUGCUAGUGUGUAUGAAGAGCUUGCUUAAAAAAGAAAAACAGAUAUAAAAAUUAUACAUGAAAAAAACCAACUAAUUUUAAUUUUUGUAUACUCAUCAUGAAGGAGUAUUAGGCUGUAUUUAAACACAUUUUUAAAAAAAAUCACAGUUUAUCCAUGUCAAUAGUCUGCUUAAUUUGAAUAAGUUGAAAUUGAAGACUGUAGAUUGGUACCUAGCACUUGAAUUACAAUGCUACGUUUAUGAAUGUGCUUUUACUAUUUAAAAGGUAGCAUCCUCUAGACUUGCACAAAAUGAGAGAAUAACUUUAGCUACAGUGCUUUGCUUGCUGUUUAAAAGUAGGCUAGUUGAAGGGGUUUUAUUUGAUAUUGUAUAAUGAAAUUAUUUAAAGCAAAAAAAUACAAAUAAAUUUACUCAUGGCAUCAUUGUUAUUAUUAUUUUUAAUAUCAUAGCAAAGCUCCUUUAAAUUAAAAAGUGUUUGACAAAUUACAACUUGUAACCCAAAUGGGCUAUAGGAAAUAAUUUUAUAAAAAAGUUGCUUAAAUUUAUUUAUCAAUUAUUUAUGUCAGUGUUUAAAUUUUUUAUCUAAAAAUAAAAAGACACAAGGUACGACGUCUAUUAGUUAAAAAUAUGGGUCCAACGGACACGUAAGUGUAGGGAAUGUUUUGAGGAAACAAUAUCUUAAUGGCAUAUUUCAGAAAUGUGACACCUGUUUCUGGAUUUCUUUACAUUUUUUUAUAUCAACACUCUCCCCACGACCGGGGACAUUUAUGUAUGCAUGUCAACCUUUUUUCAUUCACCUUUGGUCACUUCAAUGCCUGUGUCACAUGCUUCUUUCACUUUGAAACCCUUCAGGAGCUGACAUCACACUCAACUUGUAAGGUUAGUUCAUCCUUUCAUGUUUCUAUUGGCAUAUUUGAAGGGAAAUAUUCAUUUGAAUGAACAUUUAAAAAGCAUGUCUGUAAGAUGUAAAUAAUUCAUAAUGCAUUUAUUUUAUACCCUUUGAGUUUACUCCUAUGAGUGUAAUCAAUUCCAUUUAUUUAAAAAGUUUGAGGAAUAAAGAAAACCAAGCUUAGAAAAUUUCAAAUUAAAAUUUGCUAAGAAACAACAUUUUACCUCUUACUAGGAAUAGUUUUACAAUAAUUUUUUAAAAAUUAAUUUUUUUUAAAAAAACCUCUUUCUGGACAGAUUUACCAAAGACCCAAGGCAGAGAAUUCAUUGAACAGACAAAUAUAAAGAUUGAAAUUAAUAAUUGCAAUGAUGAAUCAAGCAUUGAGUCUUUAUACAAUAAUGACCAAGGAAAUGAUGGCAGUGCCUCGUCUGAAAAGAGCAGCAGCACAGAUGUUGAAAAUGAGCACAUUAAGGCAAGCCUGCAGCAUCUUUCAUACUUGAAAUAUCCAGACAAGGAGACGGGUGUCUACAUUGAGAAGACAAUUGAAAGUCCAACAUCAACAUCUGGCUCGGUUGAAGACAAACAGGAAGUGAUGUCAUCAAACAACACUCUGAGCUGUAAAGUUAGCAAAAAAGUCGGGAGGAACAUUUUGCCAGUGAAUGCAGACUUGGCAGACACGGCUGAUGAAGUGUCAGACAUUGAGUCAGAAAUAGCUCUGUCCCCAGAGGCAGAUGGAAACUCUGUCCAGUUCUUCGGAGAGAACCAUGUUUGUAAAGAAGCUGUUGAAGAUUGGGGCAGUGGCAAAGAUACUGGUCACGUCAGCGAUGCAAAGACAACAGAGAAAAAAGGAGAGCAGCAUAAGAAGAAGAAGACUGCAAGUCGAGAUAAUGUGAAUGUAAAGGCAGGGGGACUAACCCAACAUCAACCAGAGCAGGGCACUGAUGGGAAGGGAAAAGUUUUAAAGAGGGUAAGAAUAAAAGAAACUCUGGCAGGCAAAACUGAAGACACUCAUGUGGCGAAAGCUCACAGAUUGGAACAAAGUGACAAAGUUGACAAUUCUGUUGAUAGAAGUGAGACCAGGAAUGACAAGGAGAGACUAAAAAACCAGAAAAGACGUAACAAUGAUAGGAGAAGAUCACUCAGCUCUAAGUCACAAGGAUCCGCCUGGGAGCUGGAAGGGGGAAACCCAAUGAGAGCUGGAUUGAAUGGGGAGAUUAACACAAUACCCAUGGCCAAAACUGGUCAGAAUAAAUAUCUGAGAAGGCAGGAACAGAAAGAGGCCAGAAGGCUAGAGAAAAAGAAGUCCAAGGUUAAGGCAGUUAAAGACACCAAAGACGGUGCGGGUAAAAAGUACAAGGACUUGAGUCCUAAAGAAAGGGUCAUACCAGGUCACUCGUGGGACAGCGACGGCGGCAGCUCAAGAGUAAUUCCUUGCAAUGGUGCCAGCAGCACUUCAGAACAAGCGGAGGAAGUGUUUCACAUUGACACGGCAGAGGGGCAUAAAAUGGUGGAGUUAAGCGAAAGUUUGGUCCAGGAGAGCAUUCCGCAGUUCAGUGUUCUAAAUGGGGGAAAUGGCGCGAGGACGGUGGUGGCAUUAGAGUAUGAGGUUGACCCCAAAUUUCGAUAUGCCACAGGGGUGGCUGACUCAAGACUGAAAGAUGCUUUGAGGCAAGUGCCUACCCGUGAUUUGCCAGGUCAGGAGGAGGAGGACUGCCAGUUCAAAGAUGGGAGUGUGGAUGGUCAGGUUGAUCCCUCAUCACUGCACGUAUCAGACCUGUCGAGCACACACAUCAAAGACAACCAAGUCAGUGGUCCAAAAUACAAGCCUUGUAAAGCCUCUCAGGCUCAGCCCACUGGGCAGUGUGAUGUGAGGUUAAAAUCCAGUCAAACUCAAAGUCUAGUGAAACAAAGGAGAGGUAAGUAUGAUAGAGUGGAUGAAGUGAGUGAACACUCAAGCACUCAGACGGACACUCAAGAUAAAGUGCACGGCGGCAAUGUCAUUAUCGGUCUUGAAAACAUUGAUGGGCCUGGCCGAAAUAAAAAUGUUGCAGAGAGAUUAUUCACUCGAGGGGAAACCACAGGCCAUGGCUUAGCUGAUGACAAGUCAGAGAUAGACAAGGAAGAAAGCAACACAAUUUUUGAAGAUGAUGUGGGAGGUGUGAAAGGAGACACGGAUCUGGAUUGCAGCACUCCAGCUGAGAGUGGGAUGAAAGAUUAUAUCAGCGGAGGAGGUACUAUUAAACAUCAACCAGAGAACGGGUCACUUGAUAUCAACAUGGGACCAGAAGGUCAAGGGGUAAAAAAAACUGAAAGCCUGCCCCGGUUUUUCUCAAAUGACAACCAGGAUACAGAGGCGUACAACACAUCAGCUGUGAUAGUCAGGACCAGGUAUGUGGAGAAAGAAGCUGACCGCUACGUCCGGCAUCACAGAGCAUUUGAUGAGCCCCCCUCGAUUGAAAACAAAUUCUUUGUUGAUGCCGGCGAAAAAAUAUUGAUUCUUAGUCCGCAGAGCCCAAGUGAAAUCCAGCCGGAUGCCGAGCCGGUUGUGUUCUCAAUUCUCAGACCUGGGGAUAGGCACGGUGGUCCCAUCAUCAGACCCGCUCUGCAGAGGAAACAGUAUAAAAACUAUGAGGAGAACCCCAAUGUCCGAAGUGAGAUUUUAAUUCCUGAUAAACUUGAUGAGAUGACGGUCAAGUGUGAUGAUGAUGAUGAGAUGAUGGCAGAGGAUGAUAACUGGGAGGACAUUCAGCUGUUGCAGGACAUUGUUCAAUCAAAUAUAGGGAUGGCACGUCAGGAGGAUGUUGGACGUGAAGGCAGAAAUUGGUACGAGGUGAAUGAUGAUACCAGUGCAGUGUCUUCUACAGGCAACCGUGAACAAAUAAGAUUGCCCAGUCAUGGCAGUCAUUCUGAGAUAGAAGCCAGUGACAGUGAGGAAAGCAAUGACAAUGAUGGUGUUGAUAGUGACAGUGAGGGAGAUGACAGUGACCGCAGUGGGAGCAGCAGUGAUGAUGCAGGGGGUAGUGAAGAUGACACCAGUGAAAGUGGAGAUGAUCAAAGAUGCAGUCCAAAUGACAUCAUCCAUGCCAUGGAAGAAUUUCCUAGAGGUCCUCAACUUAUGACCAGUGACAUAGGACAAGACACCAUAAGUGCGGAAGACAUCCCAACUGGCGGAAUAGAAAAGGGCAUCCAGGAUGAUGAAGAGUUGAUAAUGAUUGAAGAUGAAAGCAUCAGGUAUGAGGAAGAAAGCAAGAAAACAGGCACAGAUCCAAAACUGGCCAACUUAACGACAGAUGCCAACAGCAUGGCCAUGUGCGCUAGAGAUAAAGUAGCCACAGAACCUGAAGAUCUGACCGGCGGCAAGGAUGGGUUCCCAAUAAUAGAGAUCUCAACAGUGAGUUAUUCAAACAUUGAAACAUAUGAAAGCAUGGACUACUCGGAACUUUUGAGCGGGGCUAAGAAUACUGACAGGAAGCAGACUUUACAGAUCCCAAUGACCCAUAACUUUGAAGACAUAAGCUAUUUUAAAACAAGACCUAUUUAUGACUCGGGCUGUCAAAAUUUUGACAUUUUGCCAGCUUUUGGCCUUAAUGGGCAAUAUGGCAUGGGGUCAGCAGAAUCAACUCUCAGACAAGAGAGAGAACAGACUAAAAUAGACUCAGAGGAAGACAGCAGUAGCACUUCUUGUAGCACCAAAGGGUCCCAUGAGCAAUCCGUAAAGUAUAACGAUGGAUUUGAAAAGGAUUCAAUCGUUAAAGAAAUAAGGGAGGCCAAUGUGAAGGAUGCUUAUCCAACAGAUCCUGGCCACCAAGGUGAGUCUCACGUUGAGACUGAAGAGGGGCCUAGCAAAGACUUGGAGGCCAUUGACAGAACUUUCAGUGCAAUCUCUGCCGGGGAAAGUGAUGAGACUAUCAUGAACAAUGAGGAUCACAGCGGAAAGAGCAGCGUCAGUGCUCUCAUAGCGUGUCUGGAGGAGCAGCUCGUCACAGGGGACUCGGUGCAUUCUGGGUUUCAGAGUAUCAGCACAGGAAGCACUAGAAGCAGCUUUGAUUUGGACCAUGAUGGGGACUACUUUGAAGAUGGUGAUGGUGCAGUGGGAUGUUUUAAUGAUAUGUUACCUGAUAGUGUGAUUUACACAGUAGAGUCAUCUCCAGGUGGACAUGAGUCAUAUCCUAGUGUACGUUUGACACCAACAGGUGUAGAUGAAACAUCUGCAUAUGUGCAUGGGACAUCUACAGGUAUACAUGGGAAUACUACAGGUUGUACAUGAGACAUCUACGUGUGUACAUGGGAAAUCUGAAGGUUGUACUUGGGACACCUAAAUAUGUAUAUGAGACAUCUAUAUGUGUACAUGGGACACCCAUAUGUGUACAUGGAAAAUCUACAUGUGAACAUGAGAUAUCUACAGUUUUACAUUGAACAUCUACAUUUUACAUGGGGCAUCUACAUGUGUGCAUGGGACAUAUAUUUGUGUGUGUGAGCCAUCUACAACUGUACAUCGUACAUCUAUCUAUGUGUGUGCAUAGGGCAAUACUUGUGUACAUGGGACAUCUACAUGUGUACAUGGGAAACCACAUAAGACACCAACAGGUGUAUCUGUGAAAUCUACAGGUGUAGAUGGGACAUCUGAACAGGUGAAGAAUCACAGACCUAAAAAUCCUGCAGCAUCUAUGAACUGUUCUGGGACAUGUUUAACAACAUAGAGAACCCCAUUGCCUAUGAACAAGUGUCUAUAUUUAGGGAGAGUACUUCAUGCACUGAAGAGGAUUACCUGUAAAAGGAAAUAAUCCUUGAGAUAAGAAAAUUUUAAGACUUGAUACCAUUUAUUGAUGAAUACAUGAACAAGGGUGGGAAGAAUGCAGGGAAACAUUUUUAGUUUUUUAAGAAACUGACCUCUACCUGACACUUUGAACCACAUUUUUCUUGCUGGGCCAUGGCUUAAUGACCUGCCGGGCCAUGGCUUAAUGACCUGCCGGGCCAUAUCUUAAUGACCUGCCAGGCCAUGGCUUAAUGAUCAUCACCAUUAAAAUAAAUGUAUUUGCCAAUCAUUGUAAAACAAGUAGAAAUAGUAAAAAUUGAUUGAAUCUCUCACCACCACUUGAUUCUAUGUAGUGUGUGGAGCUGCUGUUUGGUUUGAUAAUUUAGAUGUGUUGGACUUGCCAAAAAGGACAUUGAUUCUUGUGUGAGGAUGGACUUCCAACUCACACAGAGUUUGUGUCAAUUUUAUUUUAAUAUUCUGGCCAACUUUAGGACAAGGUAACAAGGGGCUUACUUUUUUAACUAGCCCAUUUGUUUUAAAUUUGUUAACUUGGUGCAAAAUCCAAAUUUUAUUUAAAGGGGUUCAGCACAAACCAUACCAACCUCCAUACUUGUUACCAAGUUGAGUCCCAUCAGUUUAUAAUAGAUGUGCUGAGUUUUAUUUUAGGCUAAAUGAUAUAAAAAAAAAAAAAUUUCAAUAAAUGCAAACAAGGACCCCUGUGCUUCUCAGGUUUUUAAAAAAAAAAAAAUAGUUUUUCAUUCCAUGGUUCAAGACCCAAAAUUUUUAGAAGCUUUGCUUUCAUUCAUUUUCUUCCCAGUUACAUACUUUCAUUUGAAAUUUAAUUGGAUUUCAUUUCAAAUGUUCAAUGCGCUAAAAAUAGACUAAAACUAAAUCUCAAUUUAAUCUUCUUGAGUGAGAUUUAAAAGGUGAGAUGGCUUUGUAAAAGUGAACAUAAAUUCACCUAAUAAAAUGUGUUAUUAUAUCUUCUGGUUGAGUUAUCUAUAGAUGUUUGUUGUUGGUGAGUUGAAGCAGAGCUGAAAUAAAAUUAGAGCACACUCGUAAAUAACCAGCAGGUCUUUCUUGGCAAGACCCAGGAUUCACGAAGAUGAGAUAAUUUAUAUCUAUUCUAAGACAUAGCACAAAUUAAACUUGCAAAAUGCUUAUUUGUUUUUUUUAAAAGUAAAUAAAUCUUCUCAUUAAGAAAAUUAAAAUAAAAAAAAAAUUCGCCAUACAACUGUGUCAUACAAUUUAAUCUGGGAGCAGACUCUUAUCAAACAUUGAGCUGAAUUAGGCAUAACUUUGAUUAUCAUUGAAAUUCUUACCUGUUUUCACUUAAGCUGCUACUGUAUUCCUGGAAAUUUAUAUAAUUUUAUUGAGAUUCUUAAGCAGUGGUUCUCAACCUUCCUAAUGAUUCGACCCUUAAAUACAGUUCCUCAUGUUGUUACGACCCCCAGUCAUAAAAUUAUUAUUGUUGCUACUUCGUAAAUAUGUGUUUUCCCGAUUGCAGACCUGUUUACCCUCAAACUCUUAAAAUCGUACAAUAUCAUCACAAAAUCGUUCAAUACAUAUCUUUAUAGUAAAAAAAUAAACAUAAAGUAUAUAUAAUGUAUACACCUCGAAAUUGUACAUUGUACGCCAAAAUCGUAAGAGUAAACAGGUCUGCGAUUGUCUUAUGCGAACCCUGUGUAAGGGUCAUUCGACCCACAGGUUGAGAACCGCUGUUCUAAAGCUUUUCAUGGGCCAGUAGCAGACAGGUAUCGCCUGAAGUUUAGAAUUUUAACAAAAUUAAAAUCCAACUUCUAGGUACCCACUUAAUAACUAAACAAAAAAAUGCUACAAUGUUUUUCAAUCCAUUCUCCUGGUUGUUACAGCACAGUUUUCAUGACAGACUAAUUGAGAUCUGAAGCAAGUUUAAAUUAAUAUGUUUUUUUUAAAAAUGAAAAAAAAAAGCAAAGACUUAAUCAUUUUUGCAGUGAUUCCAAUUAAAGAAUCAUUGCUGUUAACUCUCUAAAACAAAUCUUUAUCUGCUGUGGAAAGAAACUAAGAAAAGAACUUCUGUUCGUCAUCAAUGUAAUAAACACUUAUCUGAGGAGUGGUGCAUUGUUAGGGCCUCCAUAUAACAGUAUCUAUUGCUUGCCAUCAGGGGCCACAAUUGCUCUUCAUCAAGGGACACAGCUGUUGUCAGAUACUUGGAGCAUACAACAGUGACUAUGGGUGCCCAUCAGGGGGAAAAAUUGCUGUCAGAUACCUGGUCCAUACAAAAAUAACUAUGUUUGGUCAUCAAGAGGCAGCUGCUGUCAAAUACCUGGACCAUACAAUUGUGAAUAUGGUUCGCCAUCAGGGGCCACAAUAAUUUGCUGUCAGAUACCGUGAUGUGUGAUGUUGACGACAAAUAUACACCACACACCCCCCCCCCCACCCCCAACAACAACAACAAAAAAAAUAGGAAGGCCCAACAGGCAGAUAAAACAGCUGGACUUGAGGAUCUAGAUAGUAAAUGAGCUCAUCUCUAUUUCUUUAUCAGGGGCCACAAUAAUUUGCUGUCAGAUACCGUGAUGUGUGAUGUUGACGACAAAUAUACACCACACACCCCCCCCCACCCCCAACAACAACAACAAAAAAAAUAGGAAGGCCCAACAGGCAGAUAAAACAGCUGGACUUGAGGAUCUAGAUAGUAAAUGAGCUCAUCUCUAUUUCUUUUUUUCUUUCAGAUAAUCAAAAGAAGCAGGAGAAAGGAAAACCGACCGGGGCCCAGCACAAAAUGAUAGCGGUCCAAGACAAAAAAAGUAGUGACAGCAGUGACAAUGGUAAGAAAUGACGGAGGAAACUGGCUUGGCGGCAGUGUUAGUCGGCAGUAAUUUAAUGAUAAAAACAAAAGCUCUUGAAACAGGGACCUUUUGGGUGGAUGAUGGGUUAAACUUGCUUUGUGGUUGACUGGUUAAACUUGGUUUGUGGAUGACUGGUUAAACUUGGUUUGUGGAUGACUGGUUAAACUUGCUUUUUGGAUGACGGGUUAAACUUGGUUUAUGAAUGAUGGGUUAAACUUGCUUUGUGGUUGACUGGUUAAACUUGGUUUGCGGUUGACUGGUUAAACUUGGUUUGUGGAUGACUGGUUAAACUUGGUUUGUGGAUGACUGGUUAAACUUGGUUUGUGGAUGACUGGUUAAACUUGGUUUAUGGAUGAUGGGUUAAACUUGGUUUAUGAAUGAUGGGUUAAACUUGCUUUGUGGUUGACUGGUUAAACUUGGUUUGUGGAUGACUGGUUAAACUUGGUUUGUGGAUGACUGGUUAAACUUUGUUUGUGGAUGACUGGUUAAACUUGGUUCACUGCUUUAAGUUUUUGUUUUUGAUAAUUGUGUACCAAUUAAAUAUUUACAUUAAUUUAAAGCUUUGAGCUCUGAAAAUUAUUACACAGCACACAGUAAAAUUAUGAGGUAAUGUAGCGGAAGUUUAUCUCCAUAUGACCUCCCAAAAUCACAGAUUACAUUUUUUCACAUAUUUUUUUUUUUUGGUAUUGAAAAUUUCACGGGCUAUUAGGCAAAGCACAAAGAAAAUUGUUGCAUUAUUUUUUUUUCCAGAAGACAACAGGAAGAAGGCUGACAAAGGCAAACACAACGAAACCAAGCAAAGUGUUGUACCAGUCAAGGGAAAGAUGGACAGCGACAGCAGUGAUGAGGGUAUGGUUUGAAGGAUAGUGAUAAUUUCAAUUAAUUUUAAAAACAUUAAUUUGCGGUCGAAAUUGCCUCUGGUAUUAUAGGUACUGUGAAACUCAGUGGCGCACACCUUCUGCACACAUCGAAAAAUGACGCAAAAACUGUUUUGGCCAUUUUGCAUUCAGAUCGGGGAUGACUUUGUUGUUAUGCGUCACAGUUUUCUAUUAAUACUACAUCUUAAUCCAUUAUGGGCAAAUGUUAAAGAAUAAUAUAAAAGCUUAAUUUAGUUAUGAAAAUUUUAUGUAUGUUUUUAUUUUUUUUUAGGUGUGAAGUGACACUAAGUGGGGGUUUUUUUUUUUUUUUUUUUUUUUUUUUGUUUGUUAUGGUGCGUAGGGGGGGGGGGGGGGGGUGUAAAGGAUUUGUGACACGUUGACGAGGGAGGGGUGGAGGUAGGGGGUCUGAAAAGGUCAUUUUUUUGCAUGUGGUAAUUUGCGAACAACCCCUUAAAGCUCAUCCCCGGUUACUCAAAGGUGUAUUUUAUCUAAAUGAUGUACAGAAUGUCUUAUCACUCAUGUUUACAUCACAUGACAUUGGCUCAGCUAUUUUACUAAUAUUUUAUAAUUACAGAGUUCUCAGUCAAGAACUCAGUCAAGAAAAUGAAAGAAAAGAGUUUCCAGAGCAGAGGCCAGGAAAGUGUUGUCACUGAAGUGAAAGACAGCGACAGUGAAGACGGUAAAUAAAUUCAUAAGUUCAUUAAAUAUUGUAAUAAGAACACAUUACUAUAAAAUAUCAAGAAAUACAAAUUAGUUUAUGUUAUUAAUGUUUCAUUUAUUGCCAAGUUGUUUUUUCUAAUCCAAGUACAUUCAAAUCUUAUUUUUUGUAGAAAACAUUUAAUUUGAUUGCAAAUAAAACACAGAAAUGAUAUCUAGGUGACAUUAUUUUGAGUAAGCAUUAUUUUCACUACAAUGGUCUGCUUCUAGACUUUUUGUCCCUGAAAUUUACAACUUUCCCUUGUUGAAAUGAGUGAGGCAUCUGAUAGUGGGUCAUUGACCAUUGACAUCAAUGAAUAUUUGUAACUCUUGCAGUCAAAUUCCAGUAAAGUCUAUUCAUGAUUCUGUUUCCCAGAGAGAAAAGUUUCUGUUACUGUUAAAGCAACUGAAAAGAAAUCCUACGAGUCCACACUUUUGAUGGAGACCAGCAAGUCGACUGUUACAGGCAAGAAAAUGGAGCUGCAGGACUCACCGAGGGUAAAAAACCCGGAACAUUUUAAUUUAACCUCUCAGUUAACACACAAAAAAAAAGGUCUAUGUGCAAGCAGUUGUAUUUUUGUGACAGUAUAUUGGACAUUGCUGUUAACUUUCUAUUCACUUAAGUAACAAUAGCAGUGUCCAUCAUUUUUGUUUGGCUGAGUAAAUUUCAAAAUAAAUUUUUUCUUUAGUCAUAAGCCAGUUUCCUAAAAUGAUCAAAUGUUUAGUUAGAGUGGUGAGGUGUUGAAGAAAAUCUGGCAUAUAGUGAUCAAUGUUAAACUUAAUUCAAUCCAACUGACAGCUGAAAUACUCUGCUCUGUCGUAAACUAAAACUCCAUUUUUAUACAAUCACAAUAAAUUUCAGUAAUUUUCAAAUGUUAGGUGAAAGAAAGGCAGAUGAAGAAUAAAUAAUUUGAUAGUUAACAGACAGACAGUAAUUUAAAGGAUCACGCAGAAUAGGACCAAAGAGUGGUCGAGUUUUAACACUUUAGCCGCUUAGAUGUGUCUGAAGGUAUAGAAUGUUCACAAUUUCUCUUUGGUGUCUUACUGAAUUUAAAAUGGAUGACAAACUUUGGCAAAAUAUUUUUUUCAGAUUUAAAGUUGAGGUCAUUACAUUUUUUUUUCUUCUCCAACCUAGCAGUACUGCUAACAACAAAUAUAUUUUCACACAGAGUCAAGGCUCAGCAUCCAGCAGUUCAUCCAGUUCAUCCAGCUCUGGAUCUGUGAGGAGACGGUCCAUACAGCCGGCGUCAUCCCCAAAGAGAGCCAAGACCACCCACCAGCAGGCUGACAAACCCAAAAUUGUGCCCCAGCCCCCCACCUCACCACCACCAGGUGAUACUAUGAAGGUCAGGAAGAGCCCUGAACCCCGUAAGGCAGAGUCAGUUCAGAGCCCAGCCGUUCAGAGGACACCUGCCCCAGAGGUGGACAGCAACAAGGAUCAUCCACCUGCAAGAAAGGAAUCUAUUUCGUCUGUUUUAUCUUCUACAUCUUCAUCAUCAUCCUCAUCAUCUGGGAACAGCUCAAGCAGAUCUUCAUCUGAUUCAGAAAAUGAAGCUCUUAAUCAGAACAGCCAAGGAUCUGGGGUAAUCCCAGCAAUUAAUCUUGAGGCUCCUGUAGAAAGAUCAGGGGAGCUCAUUAGUCAAAAAGAAACUCAUUUGGAAAGUUCUCUGGAGCCAAUGAGACAAAAAGAACAUCAUCUAGAAGGAUCUCUGGAAGGAUCUCUGGAAGGAUCUCUGGAGCCAUUUAGUAAAAAAGAAACUCAUUUGGAAAGAUCUGUGGAGCCGGUUAGUAAAAAAGAGGCUCCCGUUGAGACACACAAAGACCCAUUUAGCCAAAAAGAGAUAGAAAAAGGUGAUUUGAGAAAAAAAUGGAACAAUAUUUUAUUUAUAACAGAUUUUAUAAGAGUUAAUAAUUUAUUUAUGAAAAAUAAAGCAUAAGAAAAAAACAAUCUAUACAUAACUAAACAUUAGCAAACAAUUUUUUACUUAUAUAACUAAAUAAUAAGACUACAAAAAGUUAUCUUCUCAGAUCUUUAAACAAAUAUCUUCCCUAUAGUUGAAUUGACCAAGGCUCAUGGAGAUGUUGCCACAGUAGGGGAUGAAAACAUUCUUGACGUAGUUCCCAAACGCAGAGACUCAG